CAAGAACUUACAUAAUAAAAGGCAAUGACAAACAGUAAAGCAGUUGCAUUAGCAGUUGGGUUCAUGAUCUUGUUGAACCUCACUGGUCACUGCUAUGGUGCCCUCGAGUUCGGGUUCUAUAAUGGCAAGUGCAAAUUGUCAGAUGUUGAAGACAUUGUAAGACGAACUGUCUACUCCAAGUUCCUUAAGGACCGAACGAUUGCCCCUGCUCUCAUUCGUAUGCAGUUUCACGACUGUUUUGUUAAUGGGUGUGAUGCAUCGAUUCUACUAGAUGGACCCAACGCAGAGAAAACUGCACCACCAAAUUUAAGUGUUAGAGGUUACAAUGUCAUUGAUGAUGCAAAAGCCGCGGUGGAGAAGGUGUGCCCAGAAGUUGUUUCUUGCGCGGAUAUAAUCGUGAUGGCUACAAGAGAUGUCAUUUCCUUUAGUGGUGGACGUAGAUAUAGUGUUCAAACAGGAAGAAGGGAUGGACGUGUGUCUCUUGCCCGAAAUACACAAACCCUCCCACCUCCUUCUGCAUCGGUGUCAAGUGCAAUUCGAGCUUUUGCUCGCAAAGGACUCAACCCAACUGACAUGCUCUAUCUUCUUGGUGGGCACACUAUCGGAAUCGCUCAUUGUUCUUUAUUUCAAGAUCGUCUUUACAACUUUCAGAACUCGGGUAAACCAGACCCGACAAUGGAUGCAACGCUGAUAGCCUCACUAAGGAAGACAUGUGCUCAAAACGCAACACUUGAUCGCACUGUGAACUUGGAUCAAAACCCUUUAAGCUCUAAAGUGAUAGACAAAUCAUUUUACAAUCAAAUUAUGUUGCGUAGAGGAAUUCUUCAGAUUGAUCAACAAUUGGCAUUGGACGGUUUAACCAAGUCCAAGGUUGCAGCCAUUGCUGCUUCGUCUGAUUUCAACACUAAGUUUGGUCAAGCCAUGGUUAAGAUGGGUGCGAUCCAAGUUCUCACAGGAACACAAGGGGAGAUAAGGAAAUCAUGCCGAGCAAUCAACCCACAAAAUAUGAUUCCUAUUAUAAAUAUUUGAUUUAAAUAUCCAAGGGAUUUUAAAGUUUUUGUUUUCAACAUACUUGACUUGUAUCUGAUGGAGUGAAAUUUUUUAUAUUACAUUUUUAUUAACGCAAUAAGAAGGGCAAAACCAGUGCAAGAGGCUCCCACAUGUGUGGGUCUGGGGGAUGUUAGGCUGGCUUGGCUCCUCUUAUGUAUGCAUCCUUACCCUAUAUUUAAUCGUAUAUUUUUUUAUUUAUUCCUUUUGAGGUAUGUAGUAUUCUUGCGAGUUUGGGAGUUAUUUGAUUGUAAUGAAUUUCUAUCACUGUCAAUAAAAAUCAAUUAAUAUUUAA